GGGUCCCUGCCGGUAUUUUCGCUCCAAAAAACUUGGGGGAGUAGCUCGUCUAAUGAGUUGUGAUCAGCACUAAAAACCUGUGAUGUCUAUCUGAGAUUGUUUAAACGAACCCCCCUUCCCAAAAAACACUGGCCGGUGUGUCGGAUGCAUUAAUUUAGCAUUAAUUAUGUGAUAAAUAGAUUCCUCGUAGAUGUAAAUCUGAGCAAGAUGAUGGGAAUCAAAUGUUUGCUUUUUAUCGCCAUCAUCCAGGUGAAUUUAUCAAGCUCGGAGGCCGCUUACAAUGACUCGUUCGAUGAGGAAUUGUUCCUGAAGCCGCUGGCAUCAGGGCAUGUCUACGCCUAUUUUCAAUUUACCACUCUGUGGAGAGUAUCUAGGAAUUCUAAACGAUUGCAGCAUACCCACCUGUUCCCUCGAGGGCUGACUGUCUUAAUUGACAGGCACCACGUGCAGGAGCUGCACAUCAGUCUCACUGAGGGACUCUGGAAGUACAGGAAAUGGGGGUAUCCAGUGGUGGAUGCAGGACCUGGGGCUGAGAUUUACGCCUGGUUUCAGGAGGAAGUGCAGGAUGUCGACAAGGAAUGGAAGGCCCUGACGAAUGCCCUCUCCGGUCUCCUCUGUGCCUCCUUGAACUUCGUGGACUCCUCCAACAGCAUGUCCCCAGAGUUCAGCUUCCGGCCACAGGGCGUCCUCGAGAGGCUCCCGAACUCCAGCCACUUGCGGUACUCAUCCCUACCGAGGGAGAUCGUCUGCACUGAGAACCUCACGCCCUUCAAGAAGCUCCUGCCCUGUGACUCGAAAAGAGGCCUGGCAACCCUCCUCAACUCUGCGUACAUUCACAACACCAAUUACCAUUCCAUUGGGAUUCACUUCCGCACUGUCUGUGGGAAUGCAGCCUGCACAGUGUCUUCUCUAGAGUUGAGACAGUCCCUUUCCCUGGUUUAUGACACGAUGGCUGAGGGCAAUCAGGACUGGUCCCUGAGGAAAUUGUUUGGAAUGGGGCUGACGGGAGUCUGCCCUCUGGCAACACUGAGCAACAUCUAUGUUGAUACUUCCACGAAUAAUAGUAUUCACACGUACAGACUGACACCGAGCCCCAGUGCCACGAUCCUGAGCCUUCGAGGGGGACAGAGAACUGAAAUUGCUGUUUAUGAUAACAGGGCUUUCAGCACUCAAGGGGCUUUCAAUAUUGCUGCUGUGCACAGUAAAGCCAGAACUGGAGGCGUGGAGUUUCCCUCGAUUUUGUCUGCUAAUCGAUAUGUUAUUGAGUAUGGCCAAGAAAAAGCAACUCUGAUAACAAAAUUACACAACAAUCAUUGGCAGGCUAUCGACGUUGUGUUGUUGGAGAACAUUCCCUGGUACUUAUCAGUGUACUUACAUUCCAUGAAGAUUGAACGUAAUGGGGAAAAUGUCAAGCCUCUGACCCUGAGGUAUUCCCCUGGAAGGGAGAGACUCCAGCCUUACUACCUCGAGUUAAUUCUGCGUCUUCCCCCACAUUCUGUCACAAAAUUCUCCAUUGAGAUCGAUUAUUUGUUCCUGAAGUGGCAGGAGUAUCCACCUGACGCUAAUCAUGGAUUUUAUAUGGGCCCUGCCGUCAUCACUGCUUCUCUUCCUACUGCUAGAAAUUACACUGGAUUGCCUGUUGAUGGAAGCACGAUAACCUCUAGUUUCAAUGCAUCGAGGCCUGGAUACCUCGUCCAACUUCGCACAGAGACCAUAGUGAUCACUCUGCCAACCCCAGACUUCAGCAUGCCAUACAACGUGAUUUGCCUGGCAUGCACAGCAGUUGCUCUUGCAUUUGGCCCCCUCCACAACAUUUCAACCAAGAGACUCGUCCUGAAGGACAUCAAGGAAGGCUUCAUGACGACAUUGGUGUCUGCCAGUAAGAAGAAACUUUCGUCAAUCCUCUCUUCCUCGAAGCAAAAGGGCAAGAAGGAGGAGAAGGUGGAUUAAUUCAAUUCAAUCAUUGUGAUUUAAUGGAAUAAAACUUGAAGUUGGUCAAGAAUUUUUAAAACUUUGGAUGAAUCAAGAAUGAUCAAUUCCCAAUGUUAUUGAGGCAUUUGUUGAGUCAUAAUUUCUGCAACAUUCAUUGAUUAAAAACACUCAGGUAUUUUGAA